AUGGUACCCACCGCGCGGCCGUACAAAGACUUCCUCACCCCAGCUCUGCACCGCCGCUUCACCAAUGCCGCCCUCCUCACUCUUGCCAUCUGCUGGCUCGAGGCCACGCUCAUGUCCUCUUCCCGCAGCUGGCUGUGGUUUUGGAACCCUUUCGGUCUGACAGGCUUCCGUAUGAUCCUACUCUUCACGCCGGCGCUUGCUGUAUUCAUUGUGCGGGUCAUGAACAUGCAUGUUGGAUCGCGGACGACGACGUCUGCCGCGGAGACUGUGCUGCAGAAGCUUACAAGCGUGCGCACGUUUGGCACAGUUGGCUGGUACAUCUUCAGCGCCUGGUUCUUUGCGGAAAUCUACAUUUGGUCAAGGAGCGCGAAGGCGGGGUUAUCGUGGGUUGACGUGGGUAGCGAUUACGAAAGGGCGAGGGUGAAUGAGAAUCCGAUCUUUCUCAGGAGCGCCCUGGUGUGCUUGGCGGUUUUCCAAUCGGGCCUGCACUUGUGGAGAGAUUACGAUCGAGUAUGUAUCGAGGAGGCGGAAAACAGGGAGCACCGGCAGGAGGAAGGUGCUGAGGUGCCUUCACCACCAACACUGCUUAUGGCGCAGAUGGACGCGAUUGGCAUCCGCCUCGCCAAGCUGGUGUUCCCGGGUAUUGUGUUCAGUCUACCCAUCUAUUUUCUGUUCAUCCGGAGAGCUGCGUGGGACUACUUCGCUUACCCGGUGGCAAUGGUCUUGCAGCGAGAACUGCAGCCCAAUACCGGACCAGUGGGCUUCAUCCAUCUAGGCUCGCUCGUCUGGCAGACAGCAAGUUCAGCAGCCAUGCUUGUACUACUAUGGGAGCUGAGCAACGCAAUCUUCACUGUUUACGUUUCGCAGGCUCCGCUGAAGAAAGGGCAACCGCUUACGAACGAGAUCAAGGACGCAAGCGGUGCCAUCAUCUCGAGAAGCAGAGAUCCGAAUGGCAGCUUGAUUCGCGGCCUCAAAGCGAAGAAAGAUGUACCCCGAGCUUUCGCCUUCUGGGAGCUGUAUAUCUUGUGUACCCGCUUCGAAGCGAGACGCAGAACCAUCUUCGCCGAGGUUGAUCGGAAAGACGGCUCAACCUGGAGCCAGGUGAGCAGACAUUGUCUGGCCGAGAUCAGUGCCAUCUCCACACGAAUCAGAAAAUCACAGGAGCCGACGCAGCAGGCGGCGAGCACCCAACCGCAAGGACAACAACAAGGAGCCUUGUCAACACAGCAGAGUCAGCAAUCGCUCGGCUUACCGCGGAUUGCGCAGAAACAAGUUGUCAAUGAUCAGAACGUCGUGCAGAAACCGAUGCGCAAGGCCAACGCGGCCGACACGAUCGGCAAUAUGGCGCGCUCAAUCGGUCAAAGUCCCGAGAAGAACAAUCCCGUGGUGCAGUCGUCACGGAAAGCUAUCGAAUACGGCAUCGAGCGCGCUGGGGGGCGAGAAGCAUGGAGUCCGUCCGGCUUACAGAAAGUGGUGGAGGAACGCGUGGUUACGGUUUUGAAGAUGCCGGUGGGUGAACCGUUCCGUCAGACGUUCGCACGGACGGUGAAAGCGGUGGUGUUCGGCGUGCCGUACAGUGACGAAAUCAACAUCAUCCACGCGUCGAGAUCGUUGGCCAAGCUCGUGGUCUGUACUUUGCAGGAAGACAAUUUCGGGCAGGCUUCCAAAGAUGUGCCGAUUGUUGUCCGAACGUAUACUACGGUUCUGCAAGACAUACGCACAUUCGUCGCCACAUUGAAGCCGCAUUGGAGUGAUGUGUACUUCAAUGACCGGGAGCGAGACAUAGAGAACAACGAAGGCUUAAGAGAGGUGCGGGAAGUUGCGGAUGUGCUUAAGGAGGGUUUGCAAGAAGUCCUGCUCGCUUUCGGCGAGUAUGCGAGCGCAGUCAAUCUCAGCAGGAUGGACUUACGGUUAGCAAAAGAAGCAAUCGGGCAGGGAGGGAAAGAGAUGGAGAAAGUUCGGUGA